AUGCCCGCUCGUAAAGGCGGAAAGAUCAUCUUGAACCCGCCUACCCAAACAGAAAUCGUCGAAGACGAGACGAUAGAAGACGACGAGAAUAUCUGGUCACCACUCCAGGUCGCCUCGCGCGAUGGCAACCUCGAAGAAGCGCGCAAAUUGAUUGAAUCAUUGACAUCAGAUGAAAGUAAAAAACAUAUUAUCAACGAGUCACCGCACGGCUGGUACGGCCAGACAGCAUUACAAUCCGCCUGUGCCAAUGGACAUUUAGCUAUCGUCAAUCUACUACUGGAUGCCGGUGCCGAAGUUGAUGCCCCAGGCGGAAAUAAUGGUGGGCGUACCGCCUUGACCCUUGCUGCCAUCAACGGUCAUCUACCCAUCGUUGAGCGGCUAGUCGAGGCGGGKGCUAAUGUGAAUAUUCCCCCACACAAAUAUUAUGGCAGGACGCCUUUACAGGGUGCUGCUGAGCAUGGACAUGUCGAAAUUGUCAAUUUUCUCAUCAGCAAAGGAGCAGAUAUCAAUGCUCCCGUCGCAAAUAAUGCUGGUGUUACAGUUUUGACGGGUGCAGCUUCAGGCGGACAUGUUGCCUUGAUUGACAUGCUAACCGAGAAGGGAGCCAACGUGAACCCCCCGUUGAUGCGAUAUAAGGGUCUGACUCCUCUUCAGGCAGCUGCUUAUCAUGGUCAUAUGAAUGCAGUGGAAAGGCUACUCCAGGCCGGCGCUGAUGUCAAUGCAGAAGGGUGUCGCUACAAUGGUUAUACAGCGCUUGCGGCGGCUGCUGAGCAGGGACAUGCUGAUAUUGUUGAAAGGCUGCUUGAUGCUGGGGCUGAUGUCCUGCAGACAUCUGGAAAUAAGCAUUGGACAGCAUAUCAGUGUGCAUACUUUGUUGGCCAGCAGGAUAUUGCGGAGCGUUUAUGGAAAUUGGAGAGAAAUAAAGCUCCAUCCUAA